CCCCGGCCCUCCCUUUCUCCUUCACCGCGGCCCCUCCGCGCGUGACAGAGCGCGGCCGAGGCGGAGGCGGCGCCGGGGCGGGCGGGUCCCCUGUUUUCGGCCAGGGGAGCCUUUGAGCGGCGCCCAGCUAGGAGACCCUGGAAGAAGAUCAAGAAAUUGCCCCGGGGGGAAAGCGAAGCGUUCUCCGCAACCCGCCCCUCCCUCGUCACGUGGCCACGCUGGGCGGAAAGAGGGAACCCAAGGCCAGGAGGCCCAGAAAGGAGCAAUGAUGCUGCCCAAACCUGGGAUCUAUUACUUCCCCUGGGAGGUCAGUGCCGGCCAAGUUCCUGAUGGGGACACACUGAGAACGUUUGGCAGGUUGUACAGCUACGACAUGACAAAGUCCCGAGUGACCCUGAUGGCUCAGCACAGAUCUGACCAGCACCCAAUCCUCGUCUGUACCAAGUUGGUGGAACCGUUCCAAGCCCAGGUGGGCUCCCUCUACAUGGUCCUUGGGGAGCUGGAGCACCAGAAGGGUGAGAAAACUAAGGCUCGGAGAGGAUGGGGCUGGAGUAACAGGCCAGGAAGUCAGGAUGGAGACUGCGUGGUGAAGGCCCGGGUGCUGACUUGUGUGGAAGGAAUGAAUCUCCCCUUGUUAGAACAAGCCAUCCGGGAGCAGAGGCUGUACCAACGAGAGAGGGACAGCAGCCAGUAGAAAGCGAAACAGCAGCUCCUGGCAAACCGCCCCACCCCCUCCCCGCCACCGCCCCCGCGCUGGAGCUGCCGCCGAGAAGAUGCAGGAGCUUCCUGGAGAGAAGAGGGGAGGGGUUGUUCAAUGGGAUUGCCCCAGAAAUGGAAGCCUAGAGAUCAGAGGCCGCGCUCUGGGGCCCUGGGGGAUGGGCCCCGUGUGGAUCCUGGAGGGUUGCAGAAGGUCCUCGUGAAUAAAGCCAUGUGGUGUGACGUAGCAGUGCGUGCACGUGGUGCAGCGCCGGCAGGGGCCAGCAGGGGGAACCUCGGAGCAGGCAGCCGGCCCGGCAGUGAGGCUGCGGGAGCGCAGGGUUUGUGGUGAAUUCUGGGCUGGGGGCCUGACGGGAGGGCGCUGGGGACGCUUAGGACCUGGUGGGGGGCCCGGGACACAGUGGGUGCUGCUCCUGCCAAGGUUCUGACCUCUGUCCUGAGUUGACCCCGGCCCCCCCUGGGCGGCCCCUCUGGGCAGCCUUCUUCCCCCCGGGGUCCAGGCCUGGCUGGGCAGGGGCGGGGGCUGGGGCAGAAGAAGUUUGGGCCCUCCUGUGCUCCGUAGCCCGGUUCAGGGCAGCUGCUUCCUGGGGCCUGGGGUUUUCUGCCUGGCCUGGGCUGGGCGAGGGGCAUCCCUGCGCCACACCAGGUUCUCGGGCAUGGGCUGGGGCUGGGGCUGGGGCUU